CUACUGACCUCUACAGUCUUUUCUAGAUGUUAGGGAAAAACUGGGGUUUGUUGGUUUGAUUGUUUAUGAUUGUCCAUCGGGAGGAACCAGUGGCCCACAUGCCACCUUCCCCUGACGUGCGGCCCCCAAGCACACAGCGCCUCCUGUGGAGAAGGCUGGGGCCCUUCCCCGCGGCUGCGGGAGGAGGUCCGGGACAGAGGCCAGCCCCUGUCCGGGCGUGGUCUCGCAGGUGGACAGCUUCACCCAGGGCGCCUCCAGGUCUCCAGGAAACCGCUUCCAGACAACAGCGUUCUUUAGUCCCCAUGGCAACAGGGCCUGCGCUCCUGUUUCCAGGGAAACAAAAUCCUCAGCGUCGCGGUUGCCACAGCAACGUCUACGGGCUUCCUCGGCCACUCGGUCGCCAGCCCAGAGGGGCAGCUGGGCACCUUGGACGGAGGAGCCAGGUGUCGUGCCGGCGUGGGGCUGGUGCACUGACGCAGGUCCUGGCCCGGCCCGGGUCCCGGCCGGAGACUCACCUGGCCGCCAAGCCCCGGCUUUCUCGGAGUCCUGCCCUCCCACUCGAGAUGAGCUCUCCCUCCAGCGAGCCUGGCCAUAGGGGUGCCACCGCAGAGCGGUCCCCACUGGGGCUGGACACCGUGAUCCAGAGGCUGGAGGACACCGUCUUGAGUCCCAUGGCCAGCAGAGAAGACCGGGCACUGACCGUGCGUGGGGAAGGCUGGCCGGGUUUGCCCACCCCUGUGCCCGCCCGAAUCCGUGAGAUCGUAGCUGGCAGCCUGAAGGACGAACCACACCAAGGGCUGCAGGAGCCGCCGGCCAUGUCAGCAGGGGUGCAGGAGGAGAACGAGCGUCUGCAGGAGGAGCUGUCCAGGCUGGGGGAGCUGCUGGCCCAGGCAGACGCAGAGCAGGACCAACUGGCCGGCAGGUACCACGCGGUCAGUGCGCGGCUACAGGCCCGUCUGGAGACCACUGAGGCUCGGCUGCGGAGGUCGGAGCUGGAGCACAGUGCGGACCUGGAGGAGGCCCUGGGCCGUUUGGAGGCCGCUGAGCAGAGGAGCACGGGGCUCUCCCAGGUGAACACCCUUCUGCGGGAACAGCUGGGGCACAUGAAGAAGGCCAACGACAGGCUGGCCGAGGAGCUGGCCAGGACGACGGACGGCGUACUCCAUCUUCGGAGCCAGCUGGAGCUGAGGGAGGCACGGCGCCGGGCAGAGACACAGCGCUCAGCUCCAGGCGCCUGUGACUCCGUGGGACUCCUCGCACAGGCGAUCUGUCCUCUCCCCUGGCUGCCGGAAGAUCCCGCUUUGACUUUGCUGCUCUGCAGUUUUUACUAUCCUGCUGUAGCCUCCUCCUCCGCCAUUACUCCCCAUUCACUCUGCCCCGUCUUAGCGGGCGGCUUCCCCACUGCCUCGCCAUGCACUCUGAGUGGUAGAGGCUUCUGUGUCCCUGGACGUGUUGGGGACCCCCGAGAGGGACAGCUGCUGUCCUGGUGCUGGAGGAAGGGGGGAAACCUGGCCUCCCCGCCCCCCCUCAUGCUGGGAGUGGGGUGGCUGCUGAGGGUCGCCAAGUACCUCCCACCCCGGCAGGGAGACCAGGCUGGGCUGCACUCGCCUCGCACGCCUGAGCAGACUCAGGCCUCUUGCUCGCAGAUCCGGCGCACACGCUCGGGGGGGUCCCAGGACUUCCUCCUCCUGUGGAGACAGGUCACCGCACUCCGCGUACAGCUGGCCGAGCUGCGCACAACCGCAGAGAGCCCGGACGGUCCCGAGGCUCAGCAGGGGGUGCUGCUCUGGUCUCCCAGGGCUCUCACCGACAUGCGCGCGGAGAUGGCCAGGACAGCCGGGCGCCUGCAAACGGCCUGCCUGGCCCUGGGCUCCAGGCUGCGGCUGGCGGCCAGCAGUGCGGCGGGCGCCCUGGAGCAGCGGCUGCGGGACCAGGUGCGGGAGACGCUGCAGCUGCAGGGCCGCUGGGACGCAGAGAAGGUGGCGCUCCAGGCCAGACUCUCUGAGCAGACGCUGCUGGUGGAGAAGCUCAUAGAACAAAACUCGGAGAAGGAGAGAACCAUCUCUUCCCUCAAAAUGGAUGUCCAGAAACUGGUGGCCCAGGAAGACGCAGGGUGCCCGGAGCGGGCGUGCAGCGGCGGUCCCGAAGCUCAGGAGGCACAGGGCCAAUUGCGGAGGCCCGGGAGCUCUGCGUCCCCCCAGCGCGGGGUGUCCCCACUGCGGGCCCACGCCCUGGACGCCCUGCACCCCGCACUGCAGGCUGUGCACGCGGCUCUCGAGAGGUGGCGGCUGCUAGAGCAGGAGCUGCGCCUGCAGCUGGGGUCCUCCCGGGCGGAGGCAGCCAGGCUCCGGGAGCAGCUGUCGGAGGCCCAGCGGGAGCUGCAGGCCGCAAGGAGGCUCCUACAGGAGCGGGCGCAGGAGCAGGUGCGGGAGCCCGAGGACCUCCUGCGCGAGCUGGAGGCGCAGAGCCGCGAGGCACAGCGCUGCAGGGCGUCCAGCGAGCUCUUGCAAAGAGAGAAAAGGGCUCUGGAAACGGCUGUGGAGGAGAUGCGAGGGAAGGCAGCCUGUGCAGAUGCAGAGAAGCAGAGGCUGGAAGCCGAGAACACGGAGCUGCACAGGAGCCUCCUGCUGUGGGCGGAACAGAAGGAAGAGCUGGUGCAGCAGGGCGAGCGGGGCCGCAGGGAGCUGGAGACCAGUCAAGGGCGCCUGGAACAGCUGGAGGAGAAGGUCUCAGGGCUCAAGAAGGAGCUGGUGUCCGCCCAGGAGGCGCUGAACUCGGCCCGGCUGCAGAGGGACGUUCUGGAGAGCGAGAGGGAGGGUCUGCACAGAGCCCUGGCCCGGGCCGAGUCCAGCAACACUGACCUGGAGCUGCUGGUGACCCGGCUGAAGUCGGAGGGUGUGGAGCAAAGGGACUCCCUGGCCAAGAUGGCUGCCCUGACGGAGGGGCUGGCUCGGGACAAAGGCGCCCUGGGCCACCAGGUCCUGCAGCUGGAGCAGGAGCGGGAGCAGCUGCGGGAGCGGCAGAAGGCUCUGGAGCAGGAGCGGGCGGGUGCCCUGGAGCGGCUGGGGCCGGUGCGGCAGGCCUGCGGGCGCCUGGAGGAGCGGCUGCGGGGGCGGGAGGCCGCCUUCGAGCGCCAGAGGGCCCGGCUGCAGGAGCAGGUGGGCCAGGUCACGUGCAAGAAGCAGGCCCUGGAGGAGCAGCUCGCCCAGAGCCUGCAGGACCGGGAGGCCCAGCGGGACACGCUGCAGAGGACCCUGCAGGAGAAGGAGGCUCUGUCUGAGGAGCGGGCCCAGCUGCUGGCCAAGCAGGAGGCCCUGGAGAGGCAGGUCCGGCUCACAGCUGAGGAGGCGGCCGAGCUCAGGGCUGAGAGGGACUCUCUGGAGAGAAGCCUCUUUGAGACCCAGCAGCUGGUGAUGCAGCUCCAGGCACAGCGGGAGCAGCUGGAGGGACAGGCCCGGAGCAUGCGGCUCGCUCGGCAGGCCCUGCAAGUGGAAAUGCAGCAGCUGAGAAGUGCCUGGGAGGUCCAGGAGACAAAGCUGCAGUGGGACGUGGGGAGGCUUCAGCGGCAGGUGGCACAGCAGGAGCGGGACUUGCAGCUGGCCCUGGAGAGCCAGGCGCUGGCCCACCACGAGGACCUGGCUCGGCUCCAGAGGGAGAAGGAGUCCCUGAGUCUGUCUCUGACAGAGGAGAAGGAAGUGGCAGCUCACCGGUUGGAACAGGAGAAGAAGCUGGUAGCAAAGAAUGCGGCCAAGAGGGAGGCUCUGAAGGAGGAAAUUCAGAGCCUAAAGCAUGAGCGGGAUGAGAGUCUCCUCCAGUUGGAAAAUGAGAUGCAAGAGGCCCUGUCACUGAAAGAAGAAGAGAGGAGGCUGCUCAGGGAAGAACUCUUCAGAGCCAUGCAGGAGCUGGGACAGGUGCGGCAGGAGGCCCAGAGCCAACAAAAGCAAGCCGAGGGGCGACCCCCAUGUGGCGGCCGCACUGACCUUGGGAGCCAGGCAAGCAAGCACCCUGCUCGCCCCGCAGCCCGGCGCCAGGCGGAGAGUGAGAGGCGCAGGGCCCAGGCAGCGCGUGCCCUGCAGGAGGAGGCGCUCCGGAGCCUGGAGGAGCAGCACCGGGCUGGCAGGCGGGCGGCCAGCUGGGAGAAGCGGAGGCUCCAGGAGCAAGUGGACGCACUGCACGGGGCCCUGGAUGAGAGCAGAAGGCACAGCCAGGGCCUGGCCCAGAGGGGGACGCGGCUGGAGGCGCAGGUCGCCUGCCUGGGGCGCAGAUGCCAGGAGGCAGAGGGCACGAUGGAGCCCGCGCAGACGGAGCAGGAGACGCUGAGGAAAGAAGGGGACACGGCAAGGCGGGGGGCCCGGAAGGAGCAAGUGCCCCAGCCCGUGGGCGGCCUGCACCAGGAAGGGGACAGCGCGCCGAGGCACCACCAGCGGCGGCAGGUCAGCCGGGCCAGCCUCGGGGGUGCACCCAGGGGCAGGGAGUGUCCGGCGGGUCUCACGCCGCACAGCCCACGUGGAGGCGCGCACACAGCCCGGAAGGACGGGGUGGACCGCUCCCACACCGACCGAUGCGGAGACCCGGCCCCAGACGACACUCUCAGGUCGGUGGGCAGCAGGGAGGAGCCCAGGUUCUCACCUCGGGCCCGGAGAGCGGAGCAGGCCCAGGCACAGGCCCAGCGGUCGGGAGCUGGUCGCAGGGCCCGGCUGCAGGCUGUGCAGGCCCUGGAGAGCCGGGAGCAGACCCACCGGUAGCGGCGGCCGAAGUUCCCGGAGGAGGAAGUGGCCAGUCUGAAGAAGCAGCCGGACCAGGAAGCGCCUCGGCAUCAACAGGCCCGCCUCGGCCAGGCCUUGCGGGCCAAGAAGUGA